GAUUUUUGCUAAAAAAAAAAAUGAAAAGCUAUCAAAUACAUGGAAAUGUGAAACUGAGGCUCACAGUAGAGUUUCCACGUUCUUGUAGUUGGGUGAUUAAUUUUAAAAUUCUGUCAUUGGAAAUCUCUGUGUCUGAGGUGAAAAAGAAGACAACGUAACCCUAACCAAAGUAGAAGAAGAAGCUCAUCAGGUUAGUCGCUGUAAUACCCCAUGGCCUGGUCGGAAGGAGUUGAGGAAACUCGUCUUCUCAUUGCGCCGGAUGUUAAUGCAAUUGGAAAUGGCUUAGGGCAAUUUUUAUCCUUUCGCCAUCCCAAAUCAGGAAAAGCGACAUGUUAUCUCUUUAAAAAUGGGACACUCCAAGAACUUAAUUGGUUUAAGCAAUCUUACGGGUCUUGGUUCCUCGGGGAUUAUGUCUGUGAAGAUGGGCGCCUAUAUACUGCCACUAUAGUUGAUCCUGUUUUCAUUAUGUUGCCCAUUUUUGAGGAAGCUAGGAUGAAGAAGAGGGACGACCCAGGGAAGUUCAGGCAAUUAGAUGAGAUAAUGUUCGUUAACAGCUAUCCUGGAUAUCAACAUUUAAUACCCAUUGCAGAGAAUUGUAUGCAAGUAGUUUGUGAAAUCAAAGAAAUCGGAUCCUCCAAGUUUUUUAGGCUGGAUGACUCAAAGGUUUUAGCUUGGCUGUGCUAUAAGGUACACCAAUUAAAACAGAUUCUACCCACAUUGGACAAAAACUAUGCUGCUCGUGAUAAGAAGGAUACAUUAACUGAUGCGAUCUCAAUAUUGGGGGAAUACUUGGAGGAUGAGCCUUGGUUGAAGCUUUUGUGUGACCAUCUAAAGUUAAAUUUAUUGGAUGCAACUAUGAAAGCAUCAGUUAUUGAAUUCCAUCCAACUGCUCCAGACAAUAGUUUAGGGUCUUCCAAUCAAUUACAGGGAAAGAGUGGGAAUGAAAGAAAAACUACGAGACCUGGAAAGCAACCUAAAAAGGCAAAAGUGGAGAAAGAUUCAAGAAACAUCAAAGACAUGUUUAGCAGGGCUUCUAGAAAGUGAAGCUGGACCUUUUUAGUUGAAGAGUGGACCACCCGUGAAAACUGGUAGGUAUGUGUGGUGUUAGUAUGCAGUCUUUACCUGUGCACAAGCUUUGACUAACAUGCCAGUACAAGCUGUCAGUGCUGUAUGUCUGGCAUCAAUUUGACCACAUUGAGAUUAAAUAUUUAGCAAUAUAGUCUUCCUGUUUGAGAUUAAGAGAGUAUUUGGUAAAACAUAAUACCAAUUACUUCAAA